CAUGUUUGUCUCUUCACCAAAUUGUGAACUACUAACCAUUAAUCAAGCAAAAAAAAAGAAUUGCUAAUUGAUUUAAUGAAACCCUUUUUGAUGAGGUAGGAUGAAAUUUCAGCAAUAAUUGAGGAAAUAAGUGUCAUUAUUCCUGUUAGUGAAUGAAUCCACCUCCAAUUAAACUAACGAUUAAACCUAGACAAUAUAAAUAUCGCCACUGAGAAUUUCAAAUCAUUCAACGUUUCAUACAAGUAUUCGUGAAAAUUUUCAGUUCUACUUUGAAGAUGCAAGGUUUACUUUUUUCAGCUAUAUUAUGCGCUGCUCUGUCGUUGGCCAAAUCGGAGCUCAGUGCAGAUUUCAAAGAGAAAUUCAUGGCAAAAAUGGAAAGUGUAGGUGAGAAGUGUGCUGCAGAAACAGGAGCUCCCCAAGAAGACAUCGCCAAAAUAAUAACGAAAGAAAUUCCAACAACCCAUGAAGGAAGGUGUAUGCUGUUCUGUGGACAUAGAGAAUUCCAUAUCCAAAAGCCAGAUGGUUCAGUCGACGUGGAUUCUGCAGUAGCAUCUCUUGAGACGAUCAAAUCGGAGGAUGAAGAUAUUUAUAACAAAUUGGUGCAAGUGUACAAAACCUGCGCUCAAGUUCCUGUAAUAGCUGAUCCAUGUGAAUACGCUGUUGCUUUGUCAGAGUGUGGAGUACAUGAAGCACAUAAGUUGGGCAUUGAUUCAAGAAUUUUGGAAUGAAACCUCAAGCAAUGAACUUUUGAGAUGAAGGUGAUGCAUGUUUCUAUUAUUAUCAAUUUCACUGUAUUUCAUUUAUAGAAUAAAGCAAAUGAACAUUU